CCCGCCUCCCAGAUCCAGAUCAGUCCCACGACCACGCACUGCCCAGCAGCCAGCUUUGUCACAAGCUUGUUAACCUCCAGGACAGCCAGCAGCGUGUGGCGCCUCUGUGUUCCUCAGACAGCAUGGGCCGCCUCCUCCUACUGCUCACCUUCACCGUCCUGUCCAGCUACUUCUGCUCAGCGAGUGUGGUGAAUGCACAGCACGACUUCAAAAUCCAAAGCAUCGUCCUGACCAUUGAGCCCAGGAAUCCUGUUGGUUCGGGGACCAAUGUGACGCUGAGAUGCUCGGCCAAAGUGAGCACACGUUCUGGGCAGGUGCUGACUGCUAAGUACAAGAUACUCAAGGACGACAACAUAGUGUACACCAAGACUGCCAGACCCUCUGAGGAUGUUCUGUACGAACUGCACAACGCCAGAGUCUUCAACAGUGCCAUGUAUCAGUGCCAGAUAAACAUCCACGGCGACCAGAAGAUGAGCGAACCGCAAACACUCAAAGUAAAAGGACUCUCAGAACCAGUUCUCCAUCUCAGCAUGACUACCAUUAAUGAAGGGGAGGAGUUAGCAGCCCACUGUACAGCUCGGGGUGAGGCGGGUUCCUUUACCUUCUUCUUCUUCCAAAACAACAAACAGGUCGGCAGGGUGACGGCGAGCUCCAACACAGCAACGGCCAACAUCAGCCUCAAAGGCACUGGCAACCAUAAACUUCACUGUUCCUACAAAGUCCGCACAGCAGAUGAGUUUGUCUCCUCUGAGAACAGCUCCAUCAUCACUGUUUCAGUCAAAGAGCUUUCCAUUACACCAGCACUGAAGAUUUUCCCUGAGUCUGGAAUCUAUGAAGGAGACCGCCUCAACAUCUCAUGUAGUGCUUUGUUUCAGUCCAGCUCUCAAAGUUACAGGCUCUCCCUGAGCCAGGGCACCAAGCUGCACGGCACUGGAAACUCUACAAUAAACCACAACUUGGCUGUGGUAGCAGACGACCCUGAAGGGCUUACAUUUGACUGCAGGGUGGAAGUGAAAAAUGUGGAGAAAUACAUCAACAAGACGAUUUCAGUGUCUGAGCUCUUCUCAGCACCUACUCUCACCAUGUCUCCCACUGAAGUCUUUCAAGGUGAUCCUAUGACGCUAACCUGCAGAAGUGAGCGUUUUGCCCGUCAAAGAAUCAACAGGGAGGAUUUGAUUUACUCUCUUUAUCCAUCUGAAAUCCCACCAAGCUCUAGUCAGCCUGGAGUAUUUCGUGUGACAGCCCUAAAAAAUGAUUUCAACUACACCUGUUCAGCUGAAGCCAAAGGCAUCAAGAAACAUAGCAAAACUCUGUCAAUUCGCCCUAAAGUUCUCGUCUCAACUCCAAAGAUUUCAGUUGAGGACAACGUGAUCCUGAAUAGAUCCUUCCGUAUCUUCUGUCAGUCAGACGGCAGCCUGCCCAUAAAUUACACCCUGUUCAAAAAUAACUCCACGCUGGACACAAAAAUCAUCAAGGAGCCAAAUCAUCAAGCCAUCUUUAGGGAUACCAUCAAUGAGCCUAAAAUAAAUGAGUACCGGUGUGAGGCGAAGAAUAGUCGCCAUUCCGACAAAACCUCGCACAGUCAAAACCUCAGGGUGAAUGUCAUAGUGCCUCUGAGCCAGAUGACACUGACUGUCAUCCCCAGCCCGCCAAUAAUCUCUGAGGGAGAAGAUGUCACAAUCAUAUGUAGAGUUAAAGGGACAGGACCAGUCACCUUUAAGUGGUACCGUGCUGGCAGCAGAGUGCCUCUGAAUACCAACACAACCAAAGAGCCCUACGCAAGCUAUUACAUCUCAGCGCUGUACAAAAACGACAGCGACAGGUACCACUGCGAGGCUUCCAACAGCGCCAGCAAUAUCGUAAGUGAGGAAAUCGACGUACAAGUACUCAUGGCGCUGUGGAAGAAAGCGUUGAUUUGGGGGGUCGUUCUGCUGCUGGCGACAGUGCUGGUCUUGGUGGCGAUUGUGCUGUAUGUCAAAUCUAAGCGAGAUAAAAGAGAAGCAGCUGCUGAACUGUCGGUAAAGCCUUCGAGCCCUAAAUCAGAUGACCCUUUAACAGUGAAUCUAACCCACGACACAGAGGUUUAUAACGCAGCCACAGACGCAGUGUCUUUCUAUGAUGGCAAUGAGGGGAGAGUGACCAAUGGGACGCGAGAUAGCGUGGCGUCGGCACCUGCUGACAUCAGCAACAGGAGCAGCUACAGUAUCGCAGCCACAGUGUAGAGAUGCCUCAGCAGUGGGUGGAGGGACACUGAUGGAAUGUUUACUUACUCUGAAGGAAAAGGAAGUUCACAGAGAAGACUUUGGGGGACGAAUAUGAGAGACAGUAAUUCUGUUACCAAUGCUGAUUUUUGUAGGAAAAUAUUCGCAGACAUUAUCGACACGAUAAAUACCACUGCUCCCUCUCCCUUCCUCCUGCCAUCUAAAUGGCCUCUGAUUUUAUACCAAGCAUUACUGUGUGUGGCUGUUAGUUUCUUUGCUCACAGUGUCUGUGUGAUUGCAUGACUUUGUUUUAUUCUUCUACUUGUCUCACGUGCAUUUUUAAAAUUGGCUGAUUUGUAAAUAUAUUUCAUGACACUCACAGGAAACGUGUGUAUAUAUUUCUGGUUGUCUGAUUGGAAGAGAGACUUGUAGAAUAAAGAUAUUGGUUUAAUUUA